UUAACUAUGAAAUUUCUCCUCUAUAUAUGGCGGUGCGUGUGUUUGUGUGCAUAUGCACUCAGCAUGUUUGAAAACAAGAACACAAGAUAGGAGUAGAAAAGAAGAUCUUAGUAGACAAGAAGUAUUGGCUUCGUCUAAAUUGCUGCAAAAAUUUUACUGUUCUUUCUCCGAUCUAAUUAAGCUUUGCAGCUGGACAUUGAGUUAGGGGCCGGCGUGGUGAGGUAAGAUGGACGCCGGAGCAGUUGAGGACGGCCGCGCCGGCCACCUGGCGGAGGUCGGCGGGGAGCUGGGCGACAACCACCGGCGGGAGAACGGCAGUGUCGCCGCCGGCGGCGGCGGGCGGCGGCCGCAGUCACGCGCCGGGGUUCGGGGCGAACAAGAACGACACGCUGCUGGUGGUGGCGACGCUGAUCACGGCGCUGACGUACCAGCUGGGGACGAACAUCCCGGGAGGGUACUGGCAGGACGACGGCGCCGGCGACCCGAUCAUGCGGGACAAGCACCGGCGGCGGUACUGGCUGUUCAUGGCGGCGAGCUGGGCCGGGUUCGGGAGCUCGAUGCUGCUCACGCUGGCGCUGCUCACCGGCGUGCCGCCGCGGUCGCGCGCCGUGCAGUGGCCGUUCCUGGUGUCCUACUCCAGCCUCGUGCUCACGUUCGUCACGUCGCAGUCGGGGACGUCGCUCGCCAUGGACGUGCUGAUCUGGGCCGCCGUCAUGGCCGUGCUCGCCGUCGGCAUCAAGUACCGACGCCUCGACAGGCUCCGCUUCUUGUUCUGCCCACCUGCUCCGUGACCAAACGUUGAUCUACAAAUUAAUAUUGGCAUGAUUAGUUAGCUCUUUUCUGUUCUCGUUGGGCUAGCCGAGCACCCUGCGUGGUGGCAGCGGUAGCGCGUCCGAGUCCGAGUCCGAGUCGCGCGCUACGACGGCACACGCGGGUCGCGGAGCGCUCAUGGCGCGCAUAUGGAAUCCGGGUCGUGUGCACUCUGAGCGGGAUGCGUGGGAUGGCGCGUGUCGUCAACCGCGGAGUGUCGUGGAACGCUGCAUGACCAUCUCACGGCCACCGCCAUCGCAGUGACGAGGCCGGCAUAGAGGGGAAGGUGGGUUGGGGAAAGUCCCACACACUCUCAUAGCGGAUUGGCGGUCGACGGUAGGAGCUGACUUGGCUCUAAUACUACUUGUUGGCUCUUGUCUAUGAAUCACACACGCGAACGUGUGGUUGAAACAUCAGGUGUUUGUCCCAAGGUUCGUGUGUGUUAUUUGUAUCGAGAGCCAACAAAUCAUAUCAGAGCCAUAUCGGCUCCUACCACGAAUUGUCUCGUGUGUAGAUCAAAGACCCUAUUAUGGACCCCGCAAAAAAAAAAGAUCCCAUUAUGGGCCCCAAGGGUGCUCCACCUCCCUACAUCAGCCUUGGUCGUGCAACGCUUGGUCAAGGAGGUUAGAGGGUCAACUUCGUACCCAAUGCUCACGAAAACGGCCUAUACCGAUGGAGUGCUGAUGACUUGCUCACGAGGUUUUUGUUGUAAAAUUUAGAAAAUAAAUUAGAAGCCAAAAGCUGAGAAAUUUAGCUUUGUUAUAUUCUCAUAUCGAAGCUGAUUGCCAAUCGACUGCUUUUUAGAAUUUUAAAGCUCCUCAAAUAUGUUAUAUAUAUUGGCCACCAAAUAGGGUAUGAUUUUACAAGACCAAGUUAGAUAUGACCAUGACUUGUCAUGAGCUGAUCAAAAUUCUCUCUACGAGUACCUCAAGAGUACAGGAACUUAGAGAUACGAAUACCCUGUAAGGUCAAGACACCAAGGCCCUGUUUAGUUCACAUCAAACUUUCUCCAAACUCCCAACUUUUCAUCACCUCACAUCACAUCCAAAACUUUCCUACUCACAUAAACUCCUAACUUUUUUCCAAACUACCAACUUUCCCCAAACUUCUCCCAAAUUUCAGGAACUAAACACAACUCAAGAAAUCACCGAAGUACCGAACUAUCAUGCAUAAGAAGCCAUCAACAACCUCAAGCCGAAGACCAUAUCAUUGACCACAUCUUGCCACUGCUUACCUCGUCGAGUUAGUCGACUAGGUCUAGAUAGGGGUGUGAUCGGUCAAUUUCAAAUUGGAUAAUGGCUAAACUAUAUCAUACACGAUAUAAGUUGAGACGGAUUGGAAAAUGAAUCGAAUGUGUGUCAAGUGAGAAUACAAAUAUGAUGUGUGGAGAAUAUGUGAACUAGAAUCAGUUAGUAAUCUAUUUUGGUCCGAAUCGAAUACCUAAGUAGUUUCAUUUCAAGUUUUCAACUAUACAAUAAUAACAAUGUAAGCACUUACAUGAGAUAAUUUAGAAUAUUUGAUACUAAAUUGAUAUAU